UCCUCAGGUGGGUUCGGCCAAGAUAGGUGAACGUGAUUAGAGGAGGGCAUUGCGAAGCUCGCGCAGGUGACCAAUCGGCUCACAUGCUUGCACGAGCGCUGUCGGACUCGAAGAGAUAUGAUCUCAUGAGAACAACCAAUCGACCGAGCUUGCAAGACCCAGACGAGCACCAAUCCGCCAGUUGUAUACAGUGUGACGGUUUUCAGCUCGACAAGCAGCGGCGUUGUUAGCGUUCGCUUCUCCCAUUCCCCUCUCUGGACCAAGGACCUUUUCUCCCGCAACGCUCCGAUCCUCCUCCGCCUGUUCAACCUUGCCAACACUGCCCCUCUCCACCCCACCACUGACCUGGCUGGCAAUCUGGCAAUCUGGCCAUGAGUGUCGAAGAGAACACGCCUCACAGGCGCUCGAGCAGCGCCUCGUAUGCUCAAAACAUGUCCAGGGACUUUCCCCAGCCAAACUCGGCCGCAGCCUUCGCCGGUGCCCGCAGUCCUCCUAAAGCGAAGAACACGUCGCAUGUGCCAUGCAAGUUCUACCCUUUUGGCACCUGUCAAGCUGGCGCGGCCUGCCAGUUCUCUCACGAUAUGGACCCCAUGACGCAGAACGCGCCUUGCAAAUACUUUGCCAAGGGUAGCUGCAGAUUCGGUCAAGGAUGCGCUCUCGCCCACAUUCUCCCCGAUGGUCGAGUAAUCAACAGGCCUCCUCGCGGAGGACAGCCUUUCAACUACGGCCGCCGUGGCCCUCAACCAUACGCACCCGCACCGCCCUCGUUGCUCACCAUGCAAGCCAACGACCUGGCAUCGCAGCAGCAGCAACAACAACAACCGCAGGAGAUGGGUUACCCCAAGCAAGAAGACGUCCCAAACCUUCCGAACCCUACGCCGUAUAUCCAGGCUUCACAGCCCCUAUCGCUAGACCCUAGCAACACCUUCGGUUCGCCUAUGAACGACAACCGUUUCGGAGCAUCGCCGAAUGCCAGAGGUCUGAGCGUCUUGGAUGCGCCGCUGCCAGGAUCUUUCGACAGCCAGGGCAUCUCACAUGCUGCGCGCCACGGUCCGUUCGCAUCAUCCGUCCCCCCUCGUCUCGGCCACGGUCUCGAGUCACCUCCCUCGUCGUUGCCUAACAAGGCUUUCCUCGGAAGCACUCUGCGCGGACUUGGAGAUACUACCCUCGACGGUGUGUUGGCCGGUUCUUCCCCACCUACCUUCGAAGAGCCAAUGAGCUUUGGAAAGAGACCUCUACACUCGGAGAGAUUCUCGCGACCUAGACCCAUGAUGUCCGCUAGUGUUGGCACAAGACCCUCGUUCUACUCGCACUUCCCACCGGACGCUACCGAUUCUGAGGAGAGUGAAGAGGAGGGCAUCGGCGAGGAUCUUCUGCCCUCGAGCUUGCACGAGCUGCUCCCUCCAGAGAAGUUGCGCAGACCCUCUCAGCAGAUUGACGACGAUAUCAACCCUUCCUUCCUUUCCGCUGGCCGACGCGCUAUCUCCAACAGCCAGAUUCCCUCAGACAGCAAAGUCGGAAGUGUCAGCCCCCACACCGGCAGCCCCUCGAGAUACAGCUCAAUCUGGUCAUCCGGAUCAUAUCGCAAAGAGGGGGAGAACGGAUUUGGACACAUUGGCUCGCCUCUGCGACCCUCUUCGUUGCGCUCCUCUUCGCUUGCCGGAGGUGACUUUGGCUCCCUUAUUGGUAGCCCGCCGAAGCAAGCAAGCAUGUCGAUGCUCACCCGUGAGCUCCAGAGUACCAGAAUCUCCGAAAAGUCACCAUCACUACACCCUCGCACCUCUUCCAGCGACUCUCGCGGUGCUCUCCGUGGCGGACUCGACAGAGGUAUCAGCAGCAACAGUCUGGGCCGCAACGAGACCAUCGAAGAAGAAGACCAAGGCCUGUUCUCCAUGGAGGAGGAAGACGAAUUCGCGAGCUCAUCGAGGAAGCCCUCAGUAUCUCCCAUUGGUCUCUUGCCUGGAAAGAGCGAGCCAACUCUCGGACCCAUUGGUGGUCAGAGAACAUCAUCCGUCUCCAAGUGA